AUGCGUUUGUCUACUGCUGGUACUCUUCUGUUGCCCCCCACGUCCAGUGCCCAAACCAUCGUGCCGCUGGGUUCUGUCAUCCAGCAGCUUGGGUAUCGCUUGGACUGGACUGCCUCGCGAUGCCGGUUGAUUGCUCCUUCGGGUCGUGCCUUUCGCUUGAGGGUUAAAGGUGGGUGUCCAGAGAUCAUGGAAUCGGAAGCCUUGGUGCUAAUUAGCAAGCUAGAAGAAAAGCGGCUAGAGGACUUGAAGUCUCUGGAGGCGAAUGUGGCCGAAGGUACCUCUCGCAUCAGAGCUGUCAAAGCCUUGAUGUCAAAGAGCUGGUGGGAUCACAUGCAAGAUUAUGUGAGCCUUGGAUCCACUAAUUCAGCCCAACUAGCGUUGCAGGCCGCGCCUUUCUUGGCAGAUGUUCCCCAAGCAGCUUUGCAGGGACUUGUUGAGGAUGUUGCUCAGGUUUCAGGAUGGGAGCUCCUGAAAGGUUUGACGCAUCUCAAUCGGCGUCGCCGUCGUGCACUGCUCAAUGCCCCAGAGUGGAUUGCAAAGUGUCGCAUCUUCUUGGUGCGCCGCCGCGCUGUACGUUUGCAUGGGAAUAGCGUUGUUCCACCUGUGCGCGGGCCAUUGGACUUAUAUGGCCUUCCGGAGUUGUCAGCAGCACAAAGGGCGAAGGUUGAUCGUGAGACGGCUUUGCUUUGCCGACAAAUUUGGUUGCAUGCUGUUGCGACUGCCGGUCGCAAGACUAGGUCCCUAGUUUUUGGAAUACUGGACUUUGGAAUUCCUAUGCAGCUGCUGCAGAGCCUGAAGCUGAGAGCAGAGCGCCUCAUUUGCAUCGCAAGUCCCACGAUUCAGCGCGAUGGACGUCGCCACGUUGGUGUGACUCACCCCUCGCAGUUCACUCUGUGUGCUGAUGUCUGUGGACCUCUGAAGGUGCCCGGUGUUGACCCGGAAGGCAGGUCCAAGGCGCCGAAAAAGUUCAAGUAUUUUCUAGCUGCUUCGUAUCCUUUUCCUCGUUUGCACGGAAUGCCCGAAAUUCCAGAUCCCUUAGAGGAGGUAGAUCUUUCCAAGGAGCAGCCGCUGGAUGAUUUCCCUGAGGGUGCAGGUGUAGGGCUUACUGAAGAAGAAGCGAGGGAUAUCUUAGAGAAUCUUAGUGAAGAUGAUGGCCCACCUCUUCCGCCUCCGCUGCACGCUCCGGACGAUGGUUAUAGCCCCUCGAAAGAGGAGGCCGAGAGCCAAGAUGCUGAGGAGGAGAAAGAGGGAGAAGAGGCGCAGGAGGAGGAAGCUGACGACGAGGAGGAGGCACUUCCGAAUCGCGGUCCUCAAGAAGGGGAUUGGGAGUUUGAGUACUCUGAUCUCAAGGAGCCACUGCAGUCAGACAGACUCAUGUUCUGUGUUCCGCUGCUUGACAACAAGUCUCCUUGCGUUCUUGAAGCCCUUCAAGAAAUUUACCUCUACUUGCGGGCACUGAAUCUUCCAGUUUUGCGCUUGCAUACCGAUAG